CUGUUUGGUUCUCCACCCCCACCCCCCAGCUGAGUGGAGGAGUUGAUGUGUCUCAUAACAGCCAAUGCAGCCGCCAUCCACGCACAAGCAAAGCAGCAUGUCCCAUUUAAAUACACCCACGCAGCCCCAGCGCCCUUAGCUGAUCAGGGCGCGCAGCCCACACGCACCGCGACUCCCGGCUUGGGGAUCCGCGCAGGUUGGGCUCCGGGACCCGGCGGACCCAGGCGAGGAGGAUCGGGAUCCGGCUCCGUGGAGCCAGGGUGGGCGGGGGAGGCUGGGCCCGGGAGCCUCUGGCGCGACACCCGCAUGAGGACGCGAGUGAAAUAGACCAAGGUGGAAUUUGCAAGGGAGAAGCUUCGGAGUGGUUUUGGUCCAUUUCUCCGGCAAAGAAGUAGACAUGGCGAGCGACUCCCCUGCUCGCAGCCUGGAUGAAAUCGAUCUCUCGGCUCUGAGGGACCCUGCAGGGAUCUUUGAAUUGGUGGAACUUGUUGGAAAUGGAACAUAUGGACAAGUUUAUAAGGGUCGUCAUGUCAAAACGGGCCAGCUUGCAGCCAUUAAGGUUAUGGAUGUCACAGGGGAUGAAGAGGAAGAAAUCAAACAGGAAAUUAACAUGUUGAAAAAAUAUUCUCAUCACCGGAAUAUUGCUACGUACUAUGGUGCUUUUAUCAAAAAGAACCCACCAGGCAUGGAUGACCAACUUUGGUUGGUGAUGGAGUUUUGUGGCGCUGGCUCUGUCACUGACCUGAUCAAGAACACGAAAGGGAACACGUUGAAGGAGGAGUGGAUCGCAUACAUCUGCAGGGAGAUCUUACGAGGGCUGAGUCACCUGCACCAGCAUAAAGUGAUUCAUCGAGAUAUUAAAGGGCAAAAUGUCUUGCUGACUGAAAACGCAGAAGUUAAACUAGUGGACUUUGGAGUCAGUGCCCAGCUUGAUCGAACAGUGGGCAGGAGAAAUACUUUCAUUGGUACACCCUACUGGAUGGCACCAGAAGUUAUUGCCUGUGAUGAAAACCCAGACGCCACAUAUGAUUUCAAGAGUGACUUGUGGUCUUUGGGAAUCACUGCUAUCGAGAUGGCAGAAGGCGCUCCCCCUCUCUGUGACAUGCACCCAAUGAGAGCCCUCUUCCUCAUCCCCCGGAACCCAGCACCCCGGCUGAAGUCUAAGAAGUGGUCAAAAAAAUUCCAGUCAUUUAUUGAGAGCUGUUUGGUAAAGAAUCACAGCCAACGACCAGCAACAGAGCAACUGAUGAAGCAUCCGUUUAUACGAGACCAACCUAAUGAACGACAGGUCCGCAUUCAACUCAAGGACCAUAUCGAUAGAACAAAGAAGAAGCGAGGCGAGAAAGAUGAGACAGAAUAUGAGUACAGUGGAAGUGAGGAAGAAGAGGAGGAGAAUGACUCAGGAGAGCCCAGCUCCAUUCUGAACCUGCCAGGGGAGUCAACGCUGCGGCGGGACUUCCUGAGGCUGCAGCUGGCCAACAAGGAGCGGUCGGAGGCCCUGCGGCGGCAGCAGCUGGAACAGCAGCAGAGAGAGAACGAGGAACACAAGCGGCAGCUGCUGGCUGAGCGCCAGAAGCGCAUAGAGGAGCAGAAGGAGCAGCGGCGGCGCCUGGAGGAGCAACAGAGGCGGGAGAAAGAGCUGCGAAAGCAGCAGGAGCGGGAGCAACGCCGGCACUAUGAGGAGCAGAUGCGCAGGGAGGAGGAGAGGCGGCGAGCGGAGCACGAACAGGAAUAUAAGCGCAAACAAUUGGAAGAGCAGAGACAAGCAGAAAGACUGCAGAGACAGCUAAAGCAAGAGAGAGACUACUUGGUUUCCCUUCAGCAUCAGCGGCAGGAGCAGAGGCCUGUGGAGAAGAAGCCACUGUACCAUUACAAGGAAGGAAUGAGUCCCAGCGAGAAACCAGCAUGGGCCAAGGAGGUAGAAGAACGGUCAAGGCUCAACCGGCAGAGCUCACCUGCCAUGCCGCACAAAGUUGCCAACAGGGUGUCUGACCCCAGCCUGCCGCCAAGGUCGGAGUCCUUCAGUAUCAGUGGCGUUCAGCCUGCUCGGACCCCCCCUAUGCUAAGACCGGUUGAUCCGCAGAUCCCACACUUGGUAGCUGUAAAAUCCCAAGGCCCUGCCUUGACCGCCUCCCAGUCAGUGCACGAGCAGCCCACCAAGGGCCUCUCGGGGUUUCAGGAGGCCCUGACCGUGACCUCUCACCGCGUCGAGAUGCCGCGCCAGAACUCGGAUCCCACUUCAGAAAACCCUCCUCUCCCCACUCGCAUUGAGAAGUUUGACCGAAGUUCUUGGUUACGACAGGAAGAAGACAUUCCACCAAAGGUGCCUCAAAGAACAACUUCUAUAUCCCCAGCGUUAGCCAGAAAGAAUUCUCCUGGAAAUGGUAGUGCUCUGGGACCCAGACUAGGAUCUCAACCCAUCAGAGCAAGCAACCCUGACCUCCGCAGAACUGAGCCUGUCUUGGAGAGCCCCUUGCAGAGAACCAGCAGUGGCAGUUCCUCCAGCUCCAGCACCCCUAGCUCUCAGCCCAGCUCCCAAGGGGGCUCGCAGCCUGGAUCACAAGCAGGGUCCAGUGAACGGACCAGAGUUCGAGCCAACAGUAAGUCGGAAGGAUCACCUGUGCUCUCUCAUGAACCCUCCAAGGUGAAACCAGAAGAAUCCAGGGACAUUACCCGACCUAGUCGACCAGCUAGCUAUAAGAAAGCUAUAGAUGAGGAUCUGACGGCGUUAGCCAAAGAAUUACGAGAACUCCGGAUUGAAGAAACAAACCGCCCGCUGAAGAAGGUGACUGAUUACUCCUCCUCCAGUGAGGAGUCAGAGAGCAGUGAUGAAGAGGAGGAAGAUGGAGAGAGUGAGACCCAUGAUGGGACGGUGGCUGUCAGCGACAUACCCAGACUGAUACCAACAGGCGCUCCUGGGAGCACAGAGCAGUACAAUGUGGGCAUGGUUGGCACGCAUGGGCUGGAGACUUCUCAUGCGGACACUUUCAGCAGCAGUAUUUCAAGAGAAGGAACCUUGAUGAUAAGAGAGACAUCUGGAGAGAAGAAGCGAUCUGGCCACAGUGACAGCAAUGGCUUCGCUGGCCACAUCAACCUCCCAGACCUGGUGCAGCAGAGUCACUCCCCGGCUGGGACCCCAACCGAGGGCCUGGGGCGCGUCUCUACCCAUUCCCAGGAGAUGGACUCUGGGACUGAAUAUGGCAUGGGGAGCAGCACUAAAGCCUCCUUCACCCCCUUUGUGGACCCCAGAGUAUACCAGACAUCUCCCACUGAUGAAGACGAAGAGGAUGAAGACUCAUCAGCCACAGCUCUGUUUACUAGUGAACUUCUUAGGCAAGAACAGGCCAAACUCAAUGAAGCAAGAAAGAUUUCAGUGGUAAACGUAAACCCAACCAACAUUCGGCCUCAUAGCGACACACCAGAAAUCAGAAAAUACAAGAAACGAUUCAACUCAGAAAUACUUUGUGCAGCUCUGUGGGGUGUAAACCUCCUGGUGGGAACUGAAAAUGGCCUGAUGCUUUUGGACCGAAGUGGGCAAGGCAAAGUCUAUAAUCUGAUCAACCGGAGGCGAUUUCAGCAGAUGGAUGUGCUAGAGGGACUGAAUGUCCUUGUGACAAUAUCAGGAAAGAAGAAUAAGCUACGAGUUUAUUAUCUUUCAUGGUUAAGAAACAGAAUCCUGCACAAUGAUCCAGAAGUGGAAAAGAAACAAGGCUGGAUCACCGUUGGGGACUUGGAAGGGUGUAUACAUUACAAAGUUGUUAAAUAUGAGAGGAUUAAGUUCUUGGUAAUUGCCUUAAAGAAUGCUGUGGAGAUAUACGCUUGGGCUCCUAAACCAUAUCAUAAGUUCAUGGCAUUUAAGUCUUUUGCAGAUCUCCAGCACAAGCCACUGCUUGUUGAUCUCACAGUAGAAGAAGGUCAAAGAUUAAAGGUUAUUUUUGGUUCACACACUGGUUUCCAUGUAAUUGAUGUUGAUUCAGGAAACUCUUACGAUAUCUACAUACCAUCUCAUAUUCAGGGCAAUAUCACUCCUCAUGCCAUUGUUAUCUUGCCUAAAACCGAUGGAAUGGAAAUGCUUGUUUGCUAUGAGGAUGAGGGGGUGUAUGUCAACACCUACGGCCGGAUAACUAAGGAUGUGGUGCUCCAAUGGGGAGAAAUGCCCACAUCUGUGGCCUACAUUCAUUCCAAUCAGAUAAUGGGCUGGGGCGAGAAAGCUAUUGAGAUCCGGUCAGUGGAAACAGGACAUUUGGAUGGAGUAUUUAUGCAUAAGCGAGCUCAAAGGUUAAAGUUUCUAUGUGAACGAAAUGAUAAGGUAUUUUUUGCAUCCGUGCGAUCUGGAGGAAGUAGCCAAGUGUUUUUCAUGACCCUCAACAGAAAUUCCAUGAUGAACUGGUAACAGAAGAGCACUUGGCACUUAUCUUCAUGGCGUUAUUUCUAAUUUAAAAGAACAUAACUCAUGUGGACUUAUGCCAGUCUAGAGGCAGAAUCAGAAGGCUUGGUUGAACAUACCACUUUCCCCUUUUCCUCUCCCUCCACCCGUCCCAAUACAGUCCAUCUUUCAAUGUUGCAACCUGGUUGAGAAGGAGAGAAAAAGGUGGCAGAAUUUCCAGGAGAUCCCCAAGAAUGCUGCGUUGUCUGUGGACAAAGAUGGACCAUGUGCCCUUCGGAGUUAGGGAUAGAAACAAAUAUUGUGUGCUCUUAUGAUUAAGCUGUGUUAUGGUGGAUUUUGAGUUUUGUUUUGUUUUGUUUUUUUACCUUUUUUUCUUUACCCCCUUACUUUGUAAGAAUGGGGAGAAAAUGCUUAAUGAGAAAAUUAGUCCAUUUUUAAUUCUGUCUGCCUGCUAGCUUUAAGUAUAUGAUAUAUUGUAAAAUUUCCAAUUCCAAAUGGUGAGAGACAGCACAAUAAAUGUACCUUAUCUCCUUACACUGAAGGCCAUAACUGCACAGUGGGGUAAUUUUAGAGCUCUUUUGCCUUCACCAACCCAAAAGGUUGCUUUUUGAUAGCAACUGGCUAAUGAAUUUUUAAGAGAAGAAAAAUACUGUACUAGUUUUCCCCUCUUUUGGGAAAUAGAUUUUAAAUGGCUAAACUACUAGCCUUAGACUAAUAAAAUCGACUACCAUUUUUGUGAGUCUGACAGGCCCUAUUUUUAUAUGGCCCUGUACAGAAAGGAGUAUGUUGAAUGGGAUAGUAGUGCCAUUGAGUUGAGUUGGCUUUAGCGUUUGAGGGACCUUUAACACAAUUUUCCCUCAGCUAUUAUGCAACAGAUCAGGGCAAAAGGUGGGAUGGCAGAUGAGGUCAUACAGAAAGAGCUUCUGGGAAACAAGCUAACACACACACACACACACACACACACACACACACACACACACACACACACACAUUCUUUUUUUUUUUUUAAUGCAUAGGGCCUCCCUGCUAAGAGGUCACUCAGUUUGGGCUUCAUUAGGAAGGAUUUUGUUGAGUUCUUUCUGGAUAUUGGGGAGUGAAUGAAUCCAGGCUCUGGUCAUUCCCAGCUUUCUCCUGAUGGUGCCACUUUCUCAAGAAGAAAACUGUGACUGAAUAAUAAUAAUAAUAAUAAAAGCUUCUGAGCUGCUUGUGCUCUCUUGGUUUGGUGAGAGAAGGGACUAGACUACUAUGCCUGCCUGAGACACAGCAGGCAUCACUGAUUCAGAAUUUUAUAGAACUUGAAAGCAAGGCUUUGGCCAAAAUUCUAAAACCCUAAUCAUUUUACCUUCCUCCAAAUUAUCCAACAUAUGGUAAACAACAUUUGUGCAGAAAUACGUGUGUAUUUAGUUCAGAUUAACUUGUGUCCUUAUAAACUCUUACUCAGAUGAUUUGAACUUUUACGUGACUGUCUGGGAUUUUUUUCCAAAGCUACAAGCAUGGCCGCCUGUGGUAUCGAGGUGUUGCAAAAACGAUAUCUGUGUUGCGCUUCCUGUUUUAACCUACCUCGUUUUGUUUGUUUUGUUUCACUGUUCAUCACAGCAGUGUUAUCUUCAGGAGACAUAUAGAGAGCUCAACUGGCAAUCUCAGGUGUAUUUAUAUUUUUUAAACAAAACAGUAGUUGACCAAAUUGUUGUUCUUGAAAAAUUGAAAAAGAAAAUCCAACAACAAAACUAAUGUGGCUUGUUUCUGGAGCAAACAGUUACUGUAAACAUAUCAAAAAAAAAAAAAAAAUCUGCAAUCCUACUGAUUUUGCCUAAAAUACCCGAGCAGCUGAUGUACUAUUAAUGAGAACGAAAUACACAUUAGGAAAAUGGAGUCAUUUCAAUCUGGUGGUUUCGGCGGGUUGGGGGGCAAGAAAGGGGAGUAAUUCUGGUUUCUGAAGUAGAUGAUUAUGCCCCUCCUGUAAAGGUGGUUGUCAUUUGCAUUUAUUUUAAGCGGGUAACACAGGAAUGGAAUUGAGGGUUAUCUUCAGGCGAUCACCAAGAUGUCCUUAUCAUGGUCCCUUUAGCUCUCAAAAGCAAUGAAAUCCUCCCGUUCUCAUUUUUACUGCUGUGAUUCUGCUGCCGAAUGAUACUAUCUUCACAAAUUCCAUGGAACAAAUUCAGCAAUAACUUUUUGGAUUGAAUUUAGCAACUACUAUAAUUGGAUGCUGAUGUGGACAAAAUAUACAGAUUUGGGUCUCAUUCUCAAAUGUGAUUGCCACCAGCUCUUUAUAUUGCUGCUGUGGUACUUUAAACCAGAAGCUUCUUUAAAUUAUGUUGCAGACUGAUCUUUGUUUUUAUGUUUUGUUUUUAUUUCUAAGUGGUGAGUUCAAAACACACAGCUUUAAAUGAUUUUUUUAUUGUGGGAUUUUGGGUACAGUUAAGAAAUAAAAGGGAAUCAUUGUGUUUAAACAUAAGGUAGUUUGUGAAUGUAUUUUUUAAACUCUAGAUUCAUUGAAACAAAAACUCUUAAGAAAACAAUAUUAAUGCAGUCUUGUUUACAGUAUGUUCAGUGACAUAACAUAGAACAUGAGCUUUUUCUGGUGCCAACAACAAUAAAACACAGACGUUAAACAUCAA